AUGGCAGGGGGCAGUAGGCUAUCUAUAAAGCAUUUUAACUUUGAGAAUGUUCGUGAGCUAACGUUGCUAGAUUCGCAAGGGGUUGAGGAUCUAGACAGAAUUGAUAAGAAGACGCUAUCUGAGUCUGGAAUUUCGCUGAUAUUGAUUACACCAGCUCCGCUUUGGGCAUUACCACUAUACUGUGAUCCUAAAAAGACUUUAUACACGGCUCUGGAUAUGAAUCUGAAGUUUGACUCACGAUGGUUACCGUCUCGCCACGUCAAGAUAUCCAAAACCGAUGCGUGGGUGAAAGGAUUCGUAAUGGGCGUCACAACCGGAUUGCAAGGGGAUAUUAGACAACAGGGUGGCUCCUUUGUCUUGUCCCAGUCUGCCGAAACUGGCGAAGUUUGUCACUUUGAACAUUUUGAUGCACACAAUGCCGAUCAUGCAUUGAUUCCAGAGCUAUUGGAGGCUGCUGGAGUGCCUCAAAGUGCCUUUGUCUGGAGGGAUGAGCUGCCAGCACACACGACUUAA